GAGACUCGACAAACUGAAUGAUAUUUUUCACUAUUUACGUACGAACAUUUUCCACAUUUUCUUGUGAAACUGUUGGCACAGGUUUUUAGAUUCAAUUAAAGAACAGCGAAGAGCCGGUGUAUGUGUUGAAUAGGAUGUGCCAAGAUGUUUGCCAAGAUGUGAAUUAACCGGAAUUAACCUGAAGUAUUGUUUACACAGUUGCUUUAAAAGUAUCCUUCGCGUUAUGAAAUUUUAAUCUGUGACAGUGGAGUGUGUAACGUUGAUAAUCAAAUUCUUACUGGCCGGAACGAUUCUUCGUCGUUUCAUUAUGACUUUGGAGCCGAAAACUACCGUAGAACCCUUAGUCACAUUUGGAGUCUUAACUGAUGUUCAAUAUGCAGAUUGUGAAGACCGACCUGCACCUCACGAUUCUUCCAAGACUCGAUUUUACCGCAAAGCUUUGGAUCAAGUAGAUGCUGCAUUCAAAUCUUGGAAAGAAUCUCAUAAAGUAAAGUUUGUGCUUCAACUUGGUGAUAUAAUUGAUGGAUUAAACCGUAAAUUGGGGGGAUCAUACUCCAGUCUGCGAGAUACUCUAGAACAUUUUGAGUAUCAUGCCUCUAUACCUACUUUUCAUUCAGUUGGUAACCACGAAUUAUAUAAUUUCAACCGUAAUGAACUUGCUCUGCUGUUCUAUGAAUCUGUUAAAAAACUUGAUAUUCCAGUUGAAGUGUUUUGCCCUUUGAAUCCUGCUGAACACCACACUCCUGUAUUGUAUUAUAAAUUUUGCCCUGUACCAAAUUUAAAAUUCAUUUCUUUGGACUGUUUUGAUGUUAGUGUUCUAGGCUAUGAUGUCGAUCAUCCUAACUAUCAAAUGGCAGCUAAGAUCUUGAGUUCCAAGCACGGUCAUAAUGUCUUCGAGGAUUGGGACUGUGAUGGUGAUUUAAAAGGGUUAGAUGUUCGAUUUCAGCAGAUGAAUGGAGCAGUUGGAGAGGAUCAGAAAGCCUGGUUGAACAAUGAACUUCGUGAAUCAGAUGAACUUGGGCAGAGAGUUAUCGUCUUUGGCCAUGUCGGACUGUAUCCUGACAGUACUGAUUGGAACUGUCUUCUUUGGAACUACAAUGAAAUCAUUCAGAUAUUUCAUCAGCAUAAAUGCGUUUUGGCAUACUUUUGUGGACACACUCAUGAGAGUGGCUAUGCUGUAGAUUCUCAUGGAAUCAGUUAUGUUGUCUUCACUGGCAUUGUUGAAACACCACCAGAUAGUCCUGCUUUUGCUACUGUCUCCUUGUAUGAAGAUCAACUAAAAAUUAUUGGACAUGGUUUAGAACAGAGUUAUGUUAUUCCAUUCAAAAAUGAUAAUCUGAAUAACUGUGACGAGUCUAUUGAAGAGAAAAUCAGUAAUUCCCCAGCUGUGAAAGUCGAAGUUUAAAUCAAACAUUUAUGCCAUCUGGCUUCCAUUAUCAUGCCGGAGGGCUAGGGGGAGUCUAGGGAGCGAAUGUUUGGUAUUAAUUUUAUCAAGCAUUUCUCUUCUCUCAAUGGUAAAACAGUGUAUUUAAUACUGUUUUAAAGUUUUACUCCAAUUUUAACUUCCACUCUGAUUUAUGCAUAAUAUUUUAAUCAGCAAACAUGCACUUUAAAUAAAGCUUACAGUAACUGUAAACUUACAGUUUAGUUUCAAAAUUGUAGAUACGUUCUUAAAAAUUACCCAAUUACCUUUUGGUAGUUAUGUGUACAACUUAUGUCUACACGUGUUUGAUAGUUAUAAGCUACAACUUUCUCAUGUAGCUCCGAGAAAAGUUUACUAUUUAUAUACAUUUCAAGGUAAUAGAAUGAAAUAUUUUGCACUUAAUUGCGUUUCUUAAAAAUUGAUUUUCUUUUAGUUAUAACUUUAACAAGAACUUACAAAAAUUCUCAACUUUGUUGUUUAAAGAAAAGAUUAUCAGAAGUCUUGGGUGUAUGUUUGAAGGUUAAAACUCUAAUAUUUCCCCUCCUUAAUGAUAAGGCUCAAUAUAUUUAAUCUUUAAUUUGCAGGUUUUAUUAAUUUCAUGUAUUUGAAAAGAAACUGUAAGAUAUUGCAAACAUAUGGCUAUUAUCUCAUUGUUAGGAUUUUAUCAGAGUUAUUAUUUAACUAACUCAUGCAUAGUUAUAAAUCAGUAAAAUAUCAAUGCAGUUUUUACAAAUUUCAUUUUAGUUAUAAAAUAAAAUGAUCUUAAACAUUUUCACUUAUUUUUUUAAAAAUACAAUGUCUCACUUUUUAAUUUUGCAUUUUCUUUUGUUUUUAUGAUAACAUUAAGUUUUAAGAUUUUAUUUUGUGUUAAUAUAUGGUCUGUGUUUCUUGUGUUAUUUAUUUAAAGUUGUAAAUAUUCUAUAACUUGUAUAGUAUUUAGUACCAUUAGAAAUAAAAGAAUUAUGCUGGUU